AUGUCGCCACUGCAGGGGUCGAGCCAGCGUCAUGCGGCCCAGACAUCAGCCGAUCUCCAACUUCCCCCAGACACCAGUUCCCAGCACGACAACCCUCACCGCUGGCUGGGUGGCACCCUCCUCAGGACGUCCCUCCACCCUCCACUUCGCUUGACCACACUAGGGCUGGUAGCGGAGGACAUAGACCCGAGAACGAAGGAAAGGCGAGAGCGGAUAGCAGAAACGUGUCGGAGGUAUGACCUCGGGAAGCACAAGCGGAGACCCGGACCCACAGACCCGACGAAGGAGGUGCCGUUCCCUCCUUCAGCGGAGAGGCACUCGGCGCACUGCCCAAUCUACAAGGCGGCAUCCACGUCGCGGCUGUGGUUCAUGUUGGCGUCCGUCUCGCCGCGUCUAUUCUGGAUCCCCUUAGUCUCCUCCCCUUCCAUCGAUUUCCUCAGCCGCACGUUGCCCGUCCUCUACCCUCCCUCCUUCCCCCUUCCUCCUCCCUCCGAUCCAUUCUCCCGGCUCGUUUCCCCACGUCGAGUGCCUCCGCGUCUUUCUGCCAGGUCUAACUGGAACGUUCGAGCUACUUCUUCCCCGACCCUUAAAGGCCGGAAGAUGCUCAGCCUGAAAUCUCCCAUGGUGGUUGUGUCCAACCGUUUACCGUUCGUUCUCUGCAAGGACGAACACGGGAAGCUGCAUCGAAAGCAAUGCGCCGGCGGACUUGUGACAGCCGUGGCCCCAGUCGUGAUCCAGUGCGGCGGGCUCUGGGUUGGCUGGCCGGGGAUCCACAUGGACGACCCGUCCCAGCACGUCCCCGAGUCGGACCCCGAGGACAAUGGGCCCUCGGCGGGCCUCAGGUCGGAUCAGGUCGUGCCCGUUCACAUGGAGGAGCAGAUGUUCGACGACUUCUACAACGGAUGCUGCAAUGCCACCUUCUGGCCCCUCUUCCAUUCCAUGCCCGAUCGGGCCGUCUUUCAGGUGGACAAGUGGGAGGCGUACUCGACGGCGAACGCACUCUUCGCCCACCAAACGGUGGAGGCCCUGAAGAAGCUGAAGGCGCAGGAGGAGGAGGGCGAGGAGCGCAUCCCCUUGGUCUGGAUCCACGAUUAUCACCUCAUGCUCGCUGCUAAUCACAUCCGGCAGCAAUGCGAAGAGGAGAAUCUGAAAUGCAAAUUGGGAUUCUUCCUCCACAUUCCCUUCCCGCCGUGGGACAUCUUCCGUCUCUUCCCCUGGGACGACGAGGUCCUCCAAGGAAUCCUCGGAUGCGAUAUGAUAGGAUUCCACAUCGAGGACUACUGUCGGAAUUUCCUGGACUGCUGCCAGCGGCGACUGGGCUUCCGGGUGGACCGGCUCCACAACCUGGUGGACGUGGCAGGGAGAACGGUGAAGGUCCGGGCUCUGCCGAUCGGGAUCCCGUACAAGCGGUUCGAAGACAUGGCCAAUGCGGCGACCAGGACGCUGCAGUCCUCCCUGCAGAUCAUCCUCGGGGUGGAUCGACUCGACUAUACGAAGGGAAUCAUAAACAGUAGGAUCCUAUCAUUCGAGAAACUUCUGGAGAAGCAUCCCGAACACUUGGAGAAGGUGGCGCUGCUGCAGGUGGCUGUUCCUUCCCGGACGGACGUGAAAGAGUACCAGCAGCUGAAGGAGCAGAUUGACCUGGAGGUCGGACGCAUCAACGGACGCUUCUCCACGCUCAAUUGGUCCCCCAUCCGGUACAUCUAUGGGUGCAUUUCCCAGGAUGAUCUUGCCGCCUAUUACAGUUUGCGCACCGCUGCCAUAGAGGAUCGACCCGUGCUAAGUACCACAGGAGGAACAAUGGGGAAAAUGCAUGCUUCAGUUAUUGAGAUAAGAAUAUCAAUCUCUGUGGAAGGAAGCCUGGGAUCAUACCAGGGGGAGUCAGCAUUUCAUGAAUUUCGAGGGAAAAUUGUGGGUGGCUUCACCGCAUUGCAACCUCGUUCCUUCAUUUGUGUGCUCUUUGACAGGGAUUCGUCUGUGGCACUGGUGACCCCUCUUCGAGAUGGAAUGAACCUGGUGGCGAAGGAAUACGUGGCCUGUCAGGUGGAUAAGCCAGGCGUGCUGAUCCUGUCUCCCUUCGCGGGAGCCGGGGAGACGAUGCACGAGGCCCUGCUCGUGAAUCCCUACGAACUGGACGACGUGGCGGACACCCUCCAUCGGGCCCUCACCAUGCCCGACGACGAGCGGGAGAUGCGCAUGAAUCACCUGAGGAAAAGAGAACAGACCAUGAAUCUGGAUUUCUGGCUCUCGAACUUCCUCAAGGAGGAAAAAAUCAACCAGAAGACCUGUGUGAAUCCCUCUUUUCAAGUGGCACGUGUACUAAGUGAACACACCAGCCGCCGCCGUGAGAGACACCUGUUCCUCAUCAUCUGCACCGUCCUCAUCAUUAGUGGAGUGGAACUCAACCUCGGUCCGAAUUAUACAAAUACAGAGCAACCCCGAUUAACGGACUUCUUCUCCCUUACCCCUAACCGAGGCGAGAGACGGACCGAGACAAUCGACAGUGAGGAUCCACCGACCCCGUCCAAUGUCACCUUGGAAGACAUUGCCAGCAUGAUUCGAGUGACGCUGGCCCCAUUCAACACCAUAGCACACACCACGAUCCGCCUCUUCCACGCGCCGCACCCGAAGAGUCUCGCUCAGAUGGAAGAAGACACCUCCGAUCUGAUCGCCUCUUGGGCAACAGACAGACAGAUAAUCCACCCACUAGAGGCGAUGGGGAGCUUCAACUUCGGGGAAGGGCAAAACGAGCCGAUGACAACUAAUACCUUAGGCCCCAUGACAAUGGAGGACUUUGAUGAAUUCCUUAGCGAUUACAUCGGGGAUACGGCCAAGAUAGCCCUCCUUUUGGACUACGAUGGAACGCUGGCCCCCAUCGCUCCCAAGCCGGAGAUCGCCUUCAUGCCCGCAGAGACGAAGAACAUCCUCGCCCGGCUGAGCAACAGCAGCGACGUCGCCAUCGCCAUCGUAUCCGGCCGAAGCCUGGAAGACGUGCAGAAGAUGGUCGGGAUCGACGGCAUCACCUACGCCGGGAAUCACGGCCUGGAGAUUCUCCACCCAGACGGGAGCAAAUUCAUCUACCCGAUUCCUAAGGAGUACCACGAGAAGAUUUGGAACAUGUGUCAGGAGCUGCAGGACGAAUGCUGCAAGGACGGUGCCUGGAUCGAGCACAAGGGUCCCAUCAUUACCUAUCACUUCCGCGCUGUCCCGAUCCAGCUCAGAGGUACAUUCAAGCAGAAGGCGACCGCUAUCAUCUCCAAGAAUGGUUUCAAGGUUCAUCGGGCUCACUGCGCCAUCGAAGCCAGGCCACCUAUUCAGUGGGACAAAGGUCGAGCAUCCAUCUACAUCCUUCGAACCAUGUUCGGCGUGGACUGGCUGGAGCGGGUCCGCGUCAUCUACGUCGGGGAUGACGUCACGGAUGAGGAUGCCUUACUCGCCCUCCAUGGGAUGGCAUGCACCUUCCGCAUCACCUCGCACCACCUGAUCCGCACCGCUGCGACCAAGCGCCUGUCGAGCACGGACUCGGUGCUGACGCUCCUGAAGUGGGUGGAGCGGCACAUCUCCAAGCGUCCCAUGCGCGAGGAGCCCCACAUCACGUGAUUUCAAGAUUGAUUCUAAUAUUUUUUGCAUUAGCUUAUUAUACUACCAUUCUACUCAAGUAAUUAAUGUCGGUUUACCUUUUUAAGGUAAAGUAUGGCAUUUUAUAGCACUUCAAGUUUUUUUUCUAUAGCUUUCUUACGUUCUGUAGAAAUAUUUGCAUCUGCAUUCAUAAUUUCCUAAUUUGAAUGCUUGCUUAGGACGUCCAACGUUACCUGUUCGGAUAAAGAGGUCGAAUGACAUA